AUGUCUGCAAGAAACCCUUAUCAUUGUGAAUUGGAAAUCCUUGAAGGUCAAGUCGACAUAGCUCCCCAAAAGAAAACAGAGCACGGCUUUCCAAUAGAAAAGUUAGAAAGUGAUUUCAUCUCAUUUUCCUGGCAGAUUGCUAAAGGAAUGGAAUAUUUGUCAGCGAAAAGAAUUGUACAUCGCGAUCUCUCUGCUCGUAACAUACUGCUAGCAACUGAUAACCUGGUCAAAGUGGCUGAUUUUGGACUGUCUCGGCAAACCACGUACAUGGAGCAAWUCUACCAAGCUCARGGACGACGUAAGCUGCCUAUAAAGUGGAUGCCACCUGAGGCYAUUUUCGAAGAGACUUUUACAACAAAAAGUGAUGUAUGGUCUUAUGGGAUAGUUCUCUGGGAGAUAUACUCAAUGGGUGGAGCUCCCUAUCCAACUAUCUCCAACGCCCAGCUUCCACACCAACUGAGAAAAGGUUAUCGAAUGGAAAAACCAGACCUCUGCCCUGAUGACAUGUACAAAGUAAUGAAGAAAUGCUGGAAAGGGCAACCAGGCGAAAGACCAUCCUUCAGUGAYGUCAUCCAAACUCUUGAGACCCUGAUGACACGUGACAAUCCGUACAUUGAGUUUAAUAUGGGAAUCGACGAGAACAAGGAACGUUAUUUGUUGCGGUCUUUUAAUAGAGCGCUUGAUGAGUCUGACGAGGAAGACGUUAUGACUAUGAUAUAACACUGAUAAUGACACGUUUGGCAUGGACAUUUCCAAUGAUACAUCUUGUUGACUUUUACAUAAAGCCGUGCUGCGCUGAAUAAUAAACUUAACUUUAGUAUCCACCAAAUUAUGGGCUAUCACAUGUUAUACCAUGGUCGCAUCGUUUGAAGCAAAGACCGCUGAAAAAUGUCCAAAAAAUCGGUAUUUUUUAUGGUCUUUUAUUCAAAUUGUUGUUUUGUGGAUACUAAAGUGGACUAUGGACUAUAGCAAUUCGUAGUCUUAUUUAAAGUGCUCUAAUUGUUUAAUAUUUUCUAUGUUUAAGUUUCGUGAAACAUGUGUAGCAUUGUUGUACAUUUUUUUCCUCAAAUACAGGUUUAUGUAAAUUAUUKGCAGCACAAUGAUACGACAGAUAUUUAACAGGAUAAUUGAGAWGGUAUGGAAAAAAAUAUUUGAAGCGCUUAAAAAAGGCAGAGUUAGCGKUCAGUACGGAAAGCAAUCAUACGAAAAUAUUUGCCAUCAAUUUUUUGUUUUUGGUUUUACUCCGACUCGGGGUCUCAGAUCAUUGAUCCCCGAAGACCUCGCCGCCUGUAAUCUUUCUUGUCGAAGCUAACAAGAGCUUAACAAUAAGCGAUUUGGGUUUCGGAUUUCCCUAAACAUUUUUUUUCUCGGGCCGUCGCGGAUURUUGAAUGAGAACCAAUGUGUCUAUGUCGGCAAAUUUUUUGCAAUUUCUAAAUAUAUUUUAGUAGGGUCUGUGGAAAUGCACGCGUACUAGAUCACGUGGUACUCGUUGAAAAUCAUAGUGUKAAGAAGUUAUUAAGCGUGAGUAGGUACGAGCUGAAAACACAAGGAAACAAAGCCGAGUUUUUAACUCGCUUUCGAGUGUUUUKA